ACUCGGCAGCCGUGCAAGGGAGGGGGGCCGGCGGGUCUGCGGCCUAGCGAGCGGGGCGGGUGCGGGGCGCUGAGGCCGGGCGGGACCAUGGCCGCCUGUAACACCUGCGCUGCUGCCGCGCGGCUGUUCAGCUCCUCGCUGCCCUCCGCGCACAGAGGUAUUACUUGUGGUCGUACUUGUCUCGCUGUUUUAGGAAGAAUUGGGACUUUUGAAACUCGGUCUCUAAGAAGGAUUCCUUUUAGAACUUUUUCAGAAACACCAGCAUACUUUGCUUCGAAAGAUGGCGCGAGCAAGGAUGGUUCUGGCGAUGGCAAUAAGAAAUCUGUCAGUGAGGGAGGCAGUAAAAAGUCAGGUUCUGGAAACUCGGGGAAAGGAGGAAACCAGCUGCGGUGCCCAAAGUGUGGUGACCUGUGCACACAUGUAGAGACCUUUGUGUCUUCCACCCGUUUUGUGAAGUGUGAAAAAUGUCACCAUUUUUUUGUUGUGCUGUCAGAGGCAGACUCCAAGAAGAGCAUCAUUAAAGAGCCCGAAUCAGCAGCAGAAGCUGUGAAAUUGGCAUUCCAACAAAAGCCACCUCCUCCACCGAAAAAAAUUUACAACUACCUCGACAAGUAUGUUGUUGGUCAGUCUUUUGCCAAGAAGGUGCUUUCAGUCGCUGUGUACAAUCAUUACAAAAGAAUAUACAACAAUAUCCCAGCUAAUCUGAGAUCGCAAGCAGAAGUUGAAAAGCAGACUUCUUUAACACCGAGAGAAUUAGAAAUAAGAAGACGGGAGGAUGAGUACAGAUUUACAAAACUUCUGCAGAUUGCUGGAAUAAGUCCCCAUGGUAAUGCUUUAGGAGCAUCAAUGCAGCAACAAGUGAACCAGCGGAUGCCUCAGGAGAAACGAGGAGGCGAAGUACUAGAUUCAACCCAUGAUGACAUAAAUCUUGAAAAAAGUAAUAUUUUGCUGCUUGGACCAACUGGGUCAGGUAAAACCCUGCUGGCUCAGACUCUAGCUAAAUGCCUCGAUGUACCUUUUGCUAUCUGUGAUUGUACUACCUUGACUCAAGCUGGCUAUGUAGGUGAAGAUAUUGAAUCUGUUAUUGCAAAACUACUGCAAGAUGCCAACUACAAUGUAGAAAAAGCUCAACAAGGAAUUGUUUUUCUGGAUGAAGUAGAUAAGAUUGGCAGUGUGCCAGGCAUUCAUCAGUUACGGGAUGUAGGAGGAGAAGGCGUCCAACAAGGCUUGUUAAAGUUACUAGAAGGUACAAUCGUAAAUGUUCCAGAAAAAAAUUCCCGUAAGUUACGUGGAGAAACAGUGCAGGUUGAUACAACAAAUGUCCUCUUUGUAGCUUCUGGUGCCUUUAAUGGUCUUGACAGAAUCAUCAGCAGGAGGAAAAAUGAAAAGUAUCUUGGCUUUGGCACGCCCUCUAAUUUGGGGAAAGGCAGAAGGGCUGCUGCUGCAGCUGACCUCGCUAACAUAAGUGGGGAGUCCAAUACACAGCAAGAUAUUGAAGAAAAAGAUCGCUUGCUGCGGCAUGUGGAAGCCAGAGAUCUCAUUGAAUUUGGCAUGAUUCCGGAGUUUGUGGGACGUUUACCUGUGGUGGUUCCCCUGCAUAGCCUGGAUGAGAAAACACUUGUACGGAUUCUUACUGAGCCAAGAAAUGCCGUUGUUCCUCAAUACCAGGCAUUAUUCAGCAUGGACAAGUGUGAAUUGACUGUUACUGAGGAUGCAUUGAAGGCUAUAGCCAGAUUGGCGCUAGACAGAAAGACUGGUGCAAGAGGUCUUCGAUCUAUAAUGGAAAAGUUGUUGCUGGAGCCCAUGUUUGAAGUACCCAAUUCUGACAUUGUAUGUGUGGAGGUUGACAAAGAAGUUGUGGAAGGCAAAAAAGAACCAGGAUAUAUUAGGGCUCCGACUAAAGAUACAUCUGAAGAAGAGUAUGACUCAGGAGUUGAAGAGGAAGGUUGGCCUCGUCAAGCAGAUGCUGCAAACAAUUAAAUAGUGUCAGUGUUCUCCUGCAUAUAUAGUGUGCUUGGUUAUUUUUAAGAUCAUUAUCUGGCAUUACAGUCUGAUACUGAAGGCAUUGGCUCUAUCCUGGAUAUAAUACAUGGUCAAAAAAGUUGAUAUUUUAAAAAAAAUCAGAUCAUGUAUUGUAACAUCACAUUGAUUUAUUCAGUGGACAUUAUUUGGACUUCAGUAGCAUAAUGUUCAAAUAUAAAUUGUACAUUACGUUUUGUUCAGUUUUUAAAUAAAUGUGCUUUAACAAACAA